AGUGAGCGGAUUAUCAAAACAGCCAGCAUGAACUCAUCUUCCGACUGUUGAAGAUUCUGUGCACUUCGACGGCGCUCUCACCGUUUGCAACAGGUUUUUCAUUGGCAUAAUGUUUAUGAUAACGCAAUAUCCUGGUUACUAGUGACUAGUUACCAGCACAGUAGACUCAUCCGGGGCAGAGGAGGAUUGUUGAUAAAAAGCGAUAGUCUGAGUGGACAAACAGUCGCUCAGGUAUUGACAUUCGUUGUUGGAUUUCGCGAUGCUGGGUUUAUCAGCAGUGAGGUGGAUGUUAACGCCAACAAUGGGGACAAGAUUGCGAAUUAUAGCGGCUGUAGUUUCCGGCUACCUUAUCCUUUCGGUGAACGCUCAAAAUGCCCAAAAUCCUCCCGCAUUUUCCGCUCUGGAUCAGUUACGUGGGCGCGGUCCGUAUAACGCGGCUGAAGUGCUGAAUUUAGUACUGAACGCACGCCCCGGCUCCACAUAUCCAAAUUUAAUGCAGAUUCCACGGGGUUUAUCAUUUGCUUGCUCCAAUAUGCGAUCGCCAGGAUACUUUGUCAAUGUGGAUACCGGUUGCCAGGUUUACCAUCGCUGUGAACCAAACCAACCGCUAUACACUUUCCUGUGUCCGGUGUCCACGCUGUUCAACCAGAUCACGCUUACAUGCGAUUACUGGUACAAUGUUCGCUGUGGCAAUUCGGCCCAAUUCUACUAUUAUUCCAAUCCACGAUUGUACGCCGGGGCAAAUGUGCGAUUUUUGGACGAUGGCGGUAGUGGAGGAGGCGGUGGUGCCGGAGGAGCCAGUGGCAAUUUAAUCCAAGGAGGAGGACAAUAUUCGAGCGGUGGCGGUGGCGGCAGCGGCGGCGGUUUUGGUGCUGGUGGCGGAGGCGGUAGCAGUGGCGGCGGUGGAGGCUUCGGAGGUAGCGGUGGUUUUGGUAGUUCUGGGUCGUCUGGUGGAAGCUCGGGAUUCGGUUCAUCGGGUGGAGGAGGUUUUGGUGCUACAACCGGCGGGGGCGGUGGCAGCUUUGGUGGUGGUGACACCUCGGGAGGCGGCGGCGGCUCAUUCGGAAGCGGAGGCGGCGGCAGCAGUGGUGGCGGCAGCGGUUCAUUUGGAGGCGGUGGCGGAAGUGGUUCGUUUGGCUCAGGAGGCGGCGGGGGAGGCGGUAUGUACACCGGUGACUCGUCGUUCGGGUUCGGUAGCAGUUCUGGAGGCGGAGGCUCUUCCGGAGGUGCCAGUGGUCAACUGAAUGCCGGUGGUGGAGGAGGCUUUGGCUCAUCGUCCGGAGGAGGCUCACAGUACAAUUCUGGCGGUGGCUCGGGAAGCUCAGGUCAAUACAACAUGGGUGGUGGCUCCGGAUCGGGAAAUUCAGGGCAGUACACUUCCGGUGGUAGUGGCGGUUCGGGAAGUUCGCAGUACAAUUCCGGUGGCUCUGGAUCGGGUUCGCAGUACAGCUCGGGCGGUGGAUUCGGAUCGACCGGCAGCGGUACCGGUUCGGCGUUCGGCAGUCUGACCUUAGGCGGCAAUGCACCGGGUUCGACGACAUUUACCGGUUCCAGCGGCUUGUCAGGCGGCGGAUUCGGCGUGUCCGGUGGUGCACAAGCCGGCGGUUCAUCCAGCAACCAGUACAGUCAGUAUGGAUCGAGCGGAGGCAGCAGCACCGGUGGAGGCAGUGGAGGAGGAAGUGCUGGAUUAAGCAGCGGGUCGGGAUCAUUCGGUGGACAGUACAGCAGCGGUGGAGGUGGCAGUGGAGGCGGCGGCGGCGGAAGUGGAAACUAUAACAGCUACGCACCUUCUUCAGGCAGUCUGACUCAGCCCGCACCGUCGCCCGCCUUCCAGCCGGCUUCCGGUGGAUACAGGUCACUCAAUGUGCAGAGAAUGAAUCCCCGAAGGGAUUUCACGCCUAUGCAACCGGACUUCCAGCCCGCACAGUCCGAGCUGCAUCAUAAUGUUUUAGACGAUGAGGAGCAGGAUACGGGCGACGAACAACCGCAGGACCAAAUGCUGGAACAGCAGCCCCUUUUAUUUGCUAACAGCAACCGAACAAAUUUUGGUUCACCGAAUAAUAUCGUGUAAAGCAAUACAGAGAGCGCAGAAUUCUAAAGAAUCUCAGUUUAUUAGCAUCUCUCGUAGUUAUGAUAUCUGUAUUCAAUUAACCUAACGGCUUGUAUUAAACCGCAACAUGAACAAAAUCUCUGGAUCGCUCGUCUUUCUUUUAU